UUCCGACACGUGGACCCAAGUUACGACAAUAACUCGUGACAUUAUUUAUUUAGAUUUUUUCGAAAAGAACUGUCUUGCAAAUCUAACACUCUAAAGAUUAUGACUUCUUUAGGCACCGGAGACACUUCCUUUAGGAUCGAAAGACUUUUCAGAGUUAGAAAGUUUAGACUUAUUUGGGCCUACCUUACAAUUUGGAUUUCAAAAAGAAAAAGCGGAACAGAGCUCAAAUCACUUCCUUUCGAUUCACACAACAGCUCCGAUCCACAAAGGCUGCGAUGUAAUAUCUCCACUCUUUCAUUUCCCGGUCGUCUCCGGCGUGCCGAACGUGAGGCUUUCAACACGCGAUCGGAGUUCGGCAUGUUGCAUCAGCCGCGAACAGGCGACGAAAGGAAGAGUCACGUGGCGUCUCUUGGCACCGUUCCGUUUGAUAUGCUCCACGCAUUCAAAGAGUGGCAGAGCGAGCAGUAUCCUGAACACAAGGCUGCACGGCGGAAUCCGUUUGUGAAGAUGCUUAUGACGAGCCGAAAGAGAGGCGCUUUUUUUUGCCUUUAGAAGAUCAUGCCUUUUGUCUCAGAUAUUCAUCACUGUUGUAUUUGGUAUUAAGUGGGAAUAGAUUUAGAUUUUUUUCAGGUUCUUGUAAAGAUAUUAGAUGAUUGGAUUAUGUUUGAAGUUUCACAAUAUUUCACCGUUUCAUUCGAGAUCAACCCGGAGUCGGAGACUAUGAUUCUUGACACUACAUGAUUAGAACCAGUUUAGAAAUCUAAAUUUUCUAAAUCAAUGCCAACAUCAAUAAAAUUAGAAAGCAACGAAAUCUAAAUUUUCUACAUCAUGUCGAAAACACUCAUAAUUCUAAACUGUACCGUCGAUACAAUACGAGCGAGAACCGGC